AUGCUUAUGUACCCACGUAAGGGUCUCAUCACCGAUCCAUACAACUCAGAGGACAUCAUCAUACAAGACGACCAGUAUCCACCCGAGUUCUAUACCGAGGCCGCCUUGAACUGCUCCCAAGACCGUCUACAAUCACCAUUCCAGUGCCACCCAACUGUACAGCUCUCCCCGCCAUCUUCCGCGCCUUCCUCCCCUGCGCUCUCCUCGCCGACUUUUUCAAUUCCCUACCCGCAAACCUCGGACUCUCAGUCGUUUGGGGCUCCUUCGAUGACCCCCCGCCUCCUCAUAUAA